ACUCCGAUACGACUGGAAGGGUGAUAGUUAUUCGAUGACUAAUCACCGUCUCCCCAUGUUUACCUUCGCGGUUUUAACGUUUCUGACGAUUUUCAGCGCUGCUUCUGCUAGGGCGGUGAACAUCAGCAACACAUGGAUGCUACCGGAAGAGGAUUUUCCGGUGUUUUACAGAUACUUCCGAGACCGUAUAUCUUGGUAUGAGGCGGAUGCAGUGUGCCAAUUCCACCAUGCUAACCUAGUUACCGCUGAUACUUCGUCCCAAUAUGACGCUAUAAGAGCUUACCUGAAAGAAUUGGACAUAACAGACAACGUGUGGAUUGGACUUUCUAAGAAGACGGAGAAUACAGAAUUCAUGUGGUCGGAUUCCAGGAUGCUGAGCAAUGAAGGUCACUGGUUCGAGUCGAUCCCAGUGGGUGGAGAACCCCUAUGUGUCACCAUGGAUCCGACAGCUGAUUUUUUGUGGAAACCUUAUUCUUGCGGCGGUCCGGAAGCUGCCUCUUUCAUCUGCGAACUUCCAGUUCCCUCGUGGGCCCUGGGCCAGAAAGGUUGUCUCCUGACAGAGCUGCCUUCCCUGACCGUCCUGUACAUUCCCGAACAAAUGGCCCUGGAAUUGACAUCUGAUUGCGGCCUGGACGGCACCAAACGAAUCACGUGUAAAGGAAACGCGGACCGAGAAGAAAUCCUGAAGCAGCUUACUUGUGCUAUCUCGAACGAGGAUGACUUUGACGAUAAGGUUUCCCCCAAAGUUUCCGGUGUUCCAGUGACAGCGACAACGGAGGUGACCGACCCCUCUGUUGACGAUUCUUCACAGGAGUCGAAGACAACGAGAUCAUGGAUGUGGACGUCAAACACGGUGGAUGGCUACGAGAUGUCCACGAGGCACAGGCGGGAGACCGAAGAUACGCUAAGUCCUUCCGAAACCACAAUUUAUUACAGGAAAUUGGACGUUACGGAACCGAUACCCGCAAUGCACGUCUCCACAGGUUCGAGUUACGACGAUGAGGCUUCUACCAUGAGCAAAGAAGAUGAAUCAUCAACAGUCAUCUUCAAAGGAACGAGUCACCUAAGAUCAGAUUCUCAAGCAGAGAAGCCUUCAAUACUAUCGAUAUUUGAUGCUUCCCAAAUUGACGAUGAACACAUGCCAGAAGACGACCAGUCGACAAUGAUGACUCCUGAAAAUGCCACCUUGAACGUGGACUCUAAGGGGGUUGAGACUCAAAGCGAAGACAUAGGGGAGUAUCCAAGCGCUAUCAGCCAAGGCCAACUGUUCAGCAUAAUUGAGAAUGGAACUAUGUUUGACAUCAUAGAGCUUAACGACACUGGCAUAGAUGAAGGUAAGGCCACAAAAGCUUCGAUUCCUGCUCUAUCGAAGAACGAAUCAUCUUCUUCCUCAACUACAACAGUUUCACCGUCAUCUAGCAGCACCAUAACGCCGGAAAUAACGAAUUCUUUCACAACAGUCGCCUAUUACAAGGAAGCACCACCAGACUCUACGCAAGUCACGAACAAAUCCCCCAAGAAAUUCGACAGAAAAUCAAAAAUUCAACACUACAAAAAAUCCGACCCGAAAAAAAUCAACUACCUUUCCGAAAAAGAACAGCGAAAAAAGAAGGACGAACAAUUCGACGCCCAGAACGCAAACCAUGAGGAACUGUAUCAGGAUCUGAACAAAGAAGUCGAAAUGUUUCCAGUAAUCGCAUCAGGGGGUCCAUUAGUCAAGCUCAACAGGACCCAUCGAAAGGAAUUGCCGAUAAUUGAUGAGGAUGAAAGGGAAUUCCUUGAUGAAAACCCGGUUGACCAGCUCAAUCAGGACGUGGAAGGAAAUAACCGUGUUGAAUUCGACGGGCAGAGCAAACACGUAGAAAUACAAAUGCAAAAAAAGGAAGACACGAAUUCCAGCGACGUUUUCAUUGUAACGACCAAGUUCCUGGACGAGAAACUCGGCAGAAAAAACUGCCGUCACAAUGAAUCAACGACAACUUUUUCAGAACGGCAUAAUGAAACGUCCCAGCAAGAUAAAGUCGCAUUGUCUGAAAGGAAUGAUAAAUUUCCGGAUGAUAAAUCUUCUACUGUCCCAAAUAAACCCGAAUCAGCAUCAAGUACAUCGGCUGACGUUCUUAUCGACCCCAAAAUAGACCUACUCAACAAAAACAGCUCGAGAAACAAUGACAGCGAGGCUGUACAAACUGUUUCCGACGUAGAAAAAGCAGAAUCAGCCUGGGGAAAGGAAGAGAUAAUGUCGAAAUCUCUUCUGGGGGAAAUAGAAACGAUAACUGAUGAAGUGAUUGAAAACAAAACCUCGGAAAUGGGGAGUCCCACUUCUGAGCCAUUAAAUUCCGAGCCCUUUCCUCCCAAUCGCCCAAACAGAAGGAGAAAACUGACGAGCGCGCAGAGGCGUUCAUAUUACCCUUACUUUUUCAGCAGGGUGUUAGGUUGAAAAGAUUGUGAUAGGUCUGGUUUGAAUUAGGUCUUAUAUAGAUAAGUCUAUGUUCUCUCGAAAGCAGCACAUGUUUAUCUUUAGACUCCUAUUCUAAUUGUUAUGUUUGAUGAAUGUUUGAGAUAAAAGUUUUGGCCGAGUUUGUUGAGAAAUUGAUGGAGGUCUCAAGAUCUAAUCAAAUUAGUUGUGAAAGUAUCUUUAAGAUGAUAUAUAGCACUGAGCGUUUUCGUAGAAACCUUGACUAAAUUAUGUGAUUGAUGUGAUGUUGUUCUUAUGAUGCUGUUGAGGGUAAGGAGAAUCCCAUCUUAUGUAUUGUUGAAUGAGUGUGAAACUUCUUGACUAUUUGUAAAAUGACGAAGAGAUUGGACAGAAUAAAAUAUGAUCCAAAUCGGCAUUCGAUAAUUUUAUAAGUAGCAAUUGCGUUGUUAACUGAAGUUGAAUUGUUAUCAAAGUAUGAAAACCGAGGCUCUAACAAACAUCAAUAUGAAUCACAAUCGAGUAGUGUUAUUACUUUGGAAAUACUAUUGAUUAUAUCCUCGACCACUGCCAAUGUUUUUAGGUUAUUCAAAGAAGCCAGAUGUAACGGGGUAUAAUCAAUUCCUUCACUAUUCUUGUAUGUAUAUGUUAUGUCUGCCCUAUGAUAAUGAAAGCACAAAUUCUUACAGUUGUCAUAUAAGAGCACAUCGAUUGAACAACCCAUAGAUAAACCAGCUAUAGCUUAGAAAUCAGGAUUUAAAAAAUGUAAUCAUGUGCCAGAAAAAUUGUUGUAAAUUUUAUGUUAUAGCAGCAAUGUAACUUUUUCUCUGAAAUAUCUGAAACGAUAGAUAAAUCUAAUCAUUAAAGUGAACUAUGUGAUAAAAAACGUAUGAUCAGUCUCACUGUAGGCCAAAAAAAUCACAAAAUUUAUUUAUCUCUUACUAGUAUCACUCAUUUGCUUCCAGCAGCUAUUUUAUAAUUUGUUAGUCAUCAGAAAUUGAUUAUCAAAAGAGAAAUAAUCGACAUAAAAUUAUAACAGAAAGCUGUACUUCAAAUAAUUAUUUUUUAUUUUCAAGAAUAAUUGUAACCUAUGGCAUAUUGCACGCGAUAUUUUUGAUAUUGUUCCAGAAUUUUUCAUCUAUAUUUAAUUUUACUUCUUUGUUUUUCAUGCACCGUCCUUUCGCUUACCGUCCUCUACCAGUAGAAGUUACCUACUUGUACUUGUAGACCAGCUAUGGUAUUAUCUCUUUCUUGAGUGAGAGAAAUAUUUUGCACAAAGUAUCCGAUAUUGUUUACUGUGUUCUCCAUUGUAUAUAACGGAGACGUAUACUCCGAUGUGCUAAUAAAGUUUUCUGAUA